ACAAUCGUUAAUGUUAAAAACGAAAAAUAUUUUUUUUCUUUGUUCAGUUUCAUUGACGAUUUCUCAAUGGGAUUUCCCAGUUGAACCGUCCUUUUUUUAAAUACUAUACUUAUUUAUUUGUCUACGCCCAAUAUUUUUGCUUUCUCUCACUCUUUGAAUUUUGGACACUAUAAAAUCAAUUUUUGACAGUAUCUUCCUAACAGUCUAAGUUUAACUGUCGCUUAGAAUAUUUGACAAAGAAAAAUCAUUUUGCAAAAAUUUUAUUAGUUAUCAUAGUUGUAUUUCAACAUUUAUAAGUCUUCAUUAACAUGUCUCCAAUCUUUACGUUUACAUUACUUUUGUCCAUUGCUGCAAUUCAUUGCCUGCCGGCGAACAAUCAACGUCAAUGUGGACCCAAUGAAAUUUUCGACAGGUGUGGAGUUUCAAGUUCUUGUCACAACACAUGCCUCAUUCCAAAUAAUUGGAAGUGUGUAAAUGACUUGGUUUGUCAUCCUGGCUGUGAAUGCAAAGAAGGAUAUGUAAGGGAACUUCAGUCCAAUAGGUGUAUUUUACCUUCGCAAUGCCCAAAUAGAGGAUAACUCUAAAUAAUAAAUGUAAUGCAUAAUUUCCUCUUAAUUUUGGUAUCAAAAGUAAUAAUCUUAAUUUAGAAGGAUUUUCCUCUCGAAAAAAUCCUCUUAAAGGAAGAAUAAUAUUCAAAUAUUUUGACAAGUUGAAAAUAACCGUAAUACACAUGUUUUGAAUAAAUUAUUAGACAAUAAUGGUUAUGUAUUGAUAAUAAAGUACAGUUUUGACACAUUGA